GUUUUAUUACUGAGGAUCACCAAUGGAAUCAGAGAGGACCAUGCAUAUCUUGCAUUUCAAUGAUGUCUAUAACUUGCAACCAAGGAAGAAGGAGCCUAUCGGGGGUGCUGCAAGGUUUUUGACUGCCACUAAGCCACAUAUGGAGAAGAAUCCUCUUGUUUUAUUCAGUGGAGAUAUUUAUAGUCCAUCUAAGCUAGGUCAAACCAUGAAGGGAACCCAGAUGCUUCCUUUCUUUGAGAGAUUUAAGAUUGAUGUAGCCUGUGCAGGAAACCACGACCUUGACUAUGGUGUUGAUAGGUUUAUCGAGCUUAAAAACAAGUCAGAUUUCCCAUGGCUUUUGACUAAUGUCUUGGACUCCCACACCAAUGAACCUUUAGGAGAGACCUUGGAUCACAUUAUUCUUGAGCAUGAAGGUAUCAAGAUCGGCAUAAUCGGCCUUGCUGAAUCUGAGUGGCUCGACUCAAUUGUAUCUAUGGAAGAAGAUGACUAUGUCUACGAAGAUUUCAUCAAAUCAGCUAACAAGUGGUGUCCAAAGCUCAGAGAGCAAGGAUGUGAGCUGAUUAUUGCACUUACUCAUAUGAGGAUGCCAAAUGACAAAAAGCUUGCUUCAAAAGUACCAGAUUUGGAUAUUAUUUUAGGAGGUCAUGACCAUAUGUCUGCUAAUAUCAAUAUUAACGAUAUCAUGCUGUGCAAAUCAGGAACGGACUUUAGAGAGUUUUCAAUGAUCAAGAUCAGGAUGAACUGUAGUGAAGAGACCCUCAACUCAGAGACCCAUGAAGAUGUAAUCAAUCACAAGAAGAAGAUCAUUAUGUCUUGUGAAAAGACCAUAAUUACCUCGGAAUUUGAGCCUGAAGAGACCUUGCAAGCAGUUGCGGAUGGAUUUUGGGAGGAGCUUAACGAGAAAAUGGACCGUCCGGCCGGUGUCACUGGUGUCGAACUUGAUGCUAGGUUUGCUGAAAUCAGAUGUAGAGAGACUAACAUUGCUAACUUUGUUGCUGAUGUAGUGAGACAUGCAACUGGGACAGACUGUGCUAUCUUUAAUAGUGGUUCAUUUAGGAUGGACAGUAUUAUUCCUAAAGGAGUAUUUAAAUGGAAAGAUAUUGAUACUUUGUUCCCAAUUGUCGAUGAAACCCUCAUCAUCAGGGUUCCAGGAGCAACUCUUUUAGAAGCUCUAGAGAACGGAGUAUCUGAAGUUCCCAAGCUGGAGGGAAGAUUCCCUGCUAUUAGUGGAAUCAGGAUCAAGUAUGAUCCUGAAAGACCUAAAAUGGAUAGAAUAGUAGAUUGUACUAUCAACGGGGAGCCUAUCCACAUGAAGAAACUUUAUUCAGUCACCACCAAAGAGUUUGUCUACAAAGGUAAAGACGGCUAUGAAUGUCUCAAAGACUGCGAGCUCGUUGCUGAUGAGGAGGAUCUCUUAAGCAUUAAUAUGGCACUGAUCAACUUCUUAAAGCUUAUGGUACGCAAGAAUAAUAGAUGGUUCAGUGAUAAGAAAGGACUCGUUCAGAAAGCUCUGGAUCUUGUUCACAACACUGAGAAGGACUUUGAAACUAAGGAUGAGAAUGGGGAAGACCUUAGAUACCAGUUUUACAGAAUCUACCCAAAGGUUGAUGGAAGAAUCACGGAUCUUUCCCAGGAAUAG